AUGGAGCGGGCCGAGGAUGAGGACUCCUCCACACCGCUUGAUUUGUUUCAAGAGCCUGCCGAUUUCUACGAGCCAGAAAAGCCACCUACUUUCACCAACUACACCCUGAAAACCGGUCAGAGUAUUACGCUUCGGCUUGGACAUUUGCUUUGGAAUGCUGGUCAAGUCAUAUCCAUGUAUCUCGAGCAGAACACGAAAGAACUCGUACAGAACAAGACUGUCUUGGAGUUGGGUGCUGGGGCCGGUCUUCCUAGCCUAGUGGCUGCGAUGUUGGGAGCUCGGAGAGUCGUGGUGACGGAUUACCCAGACCAGGACUUGGUUGCGAACCUGCGUUACAACGUAGAGCAUUGCUCAGCUCUACCCGACAAGUCAAAAAUUGUCGCGGAAGGGUUCAUUUGGGGCGGCCAGGUCGAGCCCCUGAAAUCGCACAUCCUCCCUGAUGUUGAUGGGUUUGAUCUGUUGAUUCUGGCCGACAUUUUGUUCAACCACUCUGAGCACGCAAGGUUGCUAGCCACGGUCCGUGACUGCUUGAAAAAGACAAGCAACUCGGCCGCUCUGGUGUUUUUCACGCCUUAUCGUCCUUGGUUGCUCGAGAAAGACCUCCAAUUCUUUGAAAUGGCUCGGGCUGACGGCUUUGUGGUCAACAAAAUAUUAGAACAGACCAUGGAUAAAGUCAUGUUUGAGAACGAUCCUGGAGAUGAAGCACUCCGCAGAACCGUCUUCGGGUAUGAAAUCAAAUGGAAUUUGCCCUGA